AUCUUCCUAGCUUCACCAUCCCUGAAGGACUACUGUCUACCUAAGGCGUUACAAAUCCCACCUUUCCACACUUGUACUUCCCUUUCCCCCAUCUUCCUACUUCCCCAGGAAACCUCCUCGCCCAAGGGGGGGGGGGGCUAAUGAAUUCCGGUCACCUUUCCUGAUUUGUCCUUACCCACAGGUCAGUCCCUUCCCCUGGCUUCCCUGAACCCUCGUCUCCAAGAGUCCCAGCUCCAGGCCUCAGUUUCCUCAUCGGUAAAAUGAGGGGAUAGGACGAGGUCUUUGAGGGCCUUCCUAAUUUUAAACCCAAGCCCCUUAUUACCAGGUUAGUUUCCCUCAGUUACUCAGGGACCCCUCCUACCCCCAACCCCACAUGCUAGGAUGCUUCAAUCCCCACUCCUACCUUUGACCUGUACAGAUUCCUGACCUUUAAUCCACUCUUCUCUGUCCUAACUCCCUUCUAGAAGUCACUCUCUUAGUCUCCCCAGCAGUUUUUGCCACUGGAAUCUCUCACUCCACAUCCCUCUGGCUCUCAGGAAUCUUCCAGCCCCAUUCUUCCUUUCUGGCACUCCCCUGAGCCCCAUUUCUCCCCACUCUAGGUCCCCAGUCCACUUGUAGUAAGUACUUUCAGUAAGAACUUCGGAGUCGUUAAACUUCAGGAUCUUUAUGGGUUUGUCGCUAUCCAACACCCCCCUCCCACAAGCCUGCCCAUCCCCCUUCUACCCACUUGGACACUCCUAGGGGGGAGAGGGUGGGGGCCUUCGCCAGAGGAAGCCAAGAGGUUCAGCCCCCAACCAGCCCCUCCCUUCUCUUGCUCCUGCCCCUCCUCCUGCUCCUGCUCCUCCUCCUCCGGGAGACCAGCCUGCAGGUAGGAUUCUGCUUCCUUCUUAGCUCCUGUGUUUAGAAAUGUGACCUGGGGGUUACUUAAUCCCCGGCAGUCCUGGACGUCCUAGGCUCCCCGCGUCUCUGUCCCAGAGACAUCAAGUUCCCGGCUUGAGUAUUUGGGAAGGGAGUCGGGGAAACUCCCGGGGGGCCAGUUCCUCGCCCUCCUCACCCUCCCCCCUUCCCCCAGGUAGCUCCCAGCGCCUGGAGUCCUCGCACAGCCAGCGCCCAUUCCCGGGGGUUAUCCUCUCGGGCCGGUGCGCCCGUCCUGGUGUUUCGGCUUCGACCAGUGGGCCCAGUGGUGAAAUGGGAAGAGCCCGGAGGACCCCGAGCCGGCUUUCGAGCCCCAAUCCGGAGCCCUGAGCCCAGGAGCCUCUGCCGGCGGCCGCUUGGGAGCCAGAGCCGUGGCUCUGCGCGCGCUCAGGACGCAGACUCCGCUGCUCGGGAUUAAGGCCAUGCCGAGCAGGAUGGGGUCCAAGACGAACGUGGGCCGAGAGAUCAUCCGCAUCAAGGCACACUACAACGGGGACAUGCUAAUAACCAACCUGGAUGCGUCGACCACCUAUGACGAACUUUGUGAUGAAGUGAGAGAAAUGUGUAGUUUACAGCAGCACCAGCCGAUCACCCUCAAAUGGAUUGAUGAUGAAGGCGACCCAUGCACCAUAUCGUCUCAGAUGGAACUGGAAGAAGCUUUUCGUCUGUACUGUCAACACAGAGAUGAAGGACUCAUCAUUCAUGUUUUUCCAAGCAUCCCAGAGAAGCCAGGAAUGCCCUGCCCAGGAGAAGACAAAUCAAUCUACCGCCGUGGGGCCAGAAGAUGGAGGAAACUCUACCGAGUGAAUGGGCAUCUGUUUCAAGCCAAACGUUUUAACAGAAGAGCGUACUGUGGCCAGUGCAGUGAAAGGAUAUGGGGUCUCGGAAGGCAAGGCUACAAGUGUAUCAACUGCAAAUUACUGGUCCAUAAACGUUGUCAUAUACUUGUACCACUGACCUGCAAAAGGCAUAUGGAUUCGGUGAUGCCUUCCCAAGAACCUCAAAUAGAUGAUAAAAAUGAUGAAGUUGACCUUCCCUCCGAAGAAAAUGAUGGACUCGCUUAUAUUCCUUCAACCCGGAAACAUGACAGCCUUAAAGAUGAUUCUGAGGACAUUAAGCCAGUUAUCGAUGGGAUGGAUGGAAUUAAAAUAUCUCAGGGGCUCGGGCUGCAGGACUUCGAUUUAAUCAGAGUUAUUGGACGGGGGAGUUAUGCCAAAGUUCUCUUAGUGCGAUUGAAAAAGAAUGACCAGAUUUAUGCCAUGAAGGUAGUCAAAAAGGAGUUGGUCCAUGAUGAUGAAGACAUCGACUGGGUGCAGACAGAGAAGCAUGUAUUUGAACAGGCCUCCAGUAACCCUUUCCUUGUUGGCCUGCACUCCUGCUUCCAAACAACAAGUCGGUUAUUCCUUGUCAUCGAGUAUGUGAAUGGAGGGGAUCUCAUGUUUCAUAUGCAAAGGCAAAGAAAGCUUCCGGAGGAGCACGCCAGGUUUUAUGCUGCUGAAAUAUGUAUUGCUCUAAACUUUCUCCACGAACGAGGAAUUAUCUACAGGGACUUAAAACUAGAUAAUGUCCUCCUAGAUUCCGAAGGUCACAUCAAAUUAACAGAUUAUGGCAUGUGCAAGGAAGGUUUGGGCCCAGGUGACACAACAAGCACUUUCUGUGGGACACCAAAUUAUAUUGCACCCGAAAUCCUAAGGGGAGAAGAAUACGGGUUCAGUGUGGACUGGUGGGCUCUUGGCGUCCUGAUGUUUGAGAUGAUGGCAGGAAGAUCGCCAUUUGAUAUAAUCACAGACAAUCCGGACAUGAACACUGAAGAUUACCUCUUCCAAGUUAUCCUUGAGAAGCCUAUUCGAAUCCCCAGAUUUCUCUCUGUCAAAGCUUCCCACGUCUUAAAAGGAUUUUUAAAUAAGGAUCCCAAAGAGAGGCUUGGUUGCCAACCGCAAACGGGAUUUUCAGAUAUCAAGUCUCAUACGUUCUUCCGCAGCAUAGACUGGGAUCUGCUGGAGAAGAAGCAAGCCCUCCCUCCAUUUCAGCCUCAGAUAACCGAUGAUUAUGGUCUGGAUAACUUCGAUACACAGUUCACCAGCGAACCUGUGCAGCUAACCCCAGAUGACGAGGAUGUAAUAAAAAGAAUAGACCAGUCAGAAUUUGAAGGAUUUGAAUACAUCAAUCCCUUGUUGCUUUCUACAGAAGAGUCAGUAUGAAGAAAUGGCAUCUCCAUUGUGGACAAAUAAUGUGAAUGAACUUUUAAAUUUAUCCCUAACUACAGUAUAUGCAUGCAAGGCUGGGGAACUGUAAGGUUUUGAGUGGAGACCAAUGAUUUUUUAAAAAAUUGCUGCUGAAAAUCAAAGAAGAGAAUAGAUUUUGGUGGGUGUCUUCCUCUAAGUAAUACUGGUUUUUCAGUUUGGGGCACUGACGCGACUGGCUUCUUUUCUGAGGGAAUGUGCACACGUGCCUGCUUCACUGAAGAAUCUCAUGUUCAUUACAUCCUCGGGAAAGGAAUGUUCAAACGACUUUGAAGGUGCACACUUUCUACAGAACAAAACUUGAUGCAAUGGCCAACAAAUUCAAGAAAAUUCGUGUAAUAUCCUGAAGAAUAAAAUGUUACAGUGGUGUUGAACCUCAUUUCCGAUGCCUUUUUUCCCACAAGUGGCACCUGUCAGAUACACUAUCUAAAUAAAAGAGGAGUUGUGUUUUAUUAGCAAUCAAAACGUAAGUUUGGGUACAGAAGUUUAAGUGCCUAAAUGGAUAAACUGCAACGAAGAAUUUUUACAAAUUCGGAGCCUUUUCUAAAUCCUGGUAAGUUCUUGUUAAUAUUUAACAGGUAUUUUCAUACAGAGCAUGUAACUAACAGCUGGAGUGUCUAUUGCUGAAAACACACCUUUAUUUUAGAAAUGUCCUUUGGGCUUCGAAGGAGCAAUGCUAAUCUCAAUUAGUCACUCUCUUGAUGGAUAAAAUUGGAUGAUAUAGAUUUUUAAAAUGAUGCUUGCCAAAGCACCAUUAGACCAAAAAUAUAUAUAUAUAUUUAAAAAACUAAAUUUGCACAACAUAGAUUUCUGAAAAAUCCUUAAGCAGUGCCUACAUGUCUUGUGUUAUGUAUUAGAUUUUUGGAAAAUAUUUUUAUCAGUAAUAUGAUAUUCCAGAUUAGAAAAUAGGGGAAAAAAGUAUAAUGGAGCUAGCCUUAAAAGUUUAAAUAAUAAAUCUAGAGUAUCCAUAAACAUAACCCAUUUUCCUGAUAAAGCACACCUCCUACUUCUAAUAAUCUCUUUGCUUCGAGAAUAUGUAUAUGAUACUAAAUAAUCAUUCUGCUUACAAGAAGGGAUUGCUUGAUGAAACUCAACCAUAGGUUUUCUAUAUGUAAAGAUGGCGAGGGGGAGUGGGAACACUUGAUAAAUUAGGCAAUUUGAAAGAUGUCCAUUAAAUCCCUUCUCUUUUGGAAAUCAUCAAAAUUUAAAAAUGUGUGUAUGUGUGUGUGAGAGAGAGAGAGUAUGAAUGGGGGGGAGGGGGGGCAAUGUUAGUUUCACAGUGGUUAACAUGAUGCAUUCUUGUCCAGCUGUGGAAAGGUCAUGUCACUUCAUGUAUUUAAGGACUUUAAGUGUCCACUGCCAUAGGAAAUGUUCCAAGGCCUGUAAAGACCAAGCUGCCUCUGUUGCAGGUAACUGCACCCAAGGCUGUGUAGGUCUUUGAGCUAGCUUUUUGUUCCAUGAAUUGGGUGGCUUGGAUUUGGGAGGGGGAAGGGAACAGUGCAGGAAGAACAGACACACCUAUGCAGGCAAAGAUGCAGGCUCCACUUGAAUUCUCUUCCACUCUCUCUGCAUUAACAUGUAGGUUUCUCAGGGUACAGCAUCACACUCGAUGCUGAACAUGACAUCUCUCGGACUCACAUCCAAGUCAUGAGGUGCUAGGAUGAGACUGCCAAAACAUUCUCUCAAAUUCCCAACCAACCAUUGGUUAAUGUGCCCCAUUUUGCAGCCCCGGCGACCCUUUGGGGCCGUGAUCCCAUCUGUCUGAGCUUGGGCUCUCUCUCCGUGAUGGCCAAGAGCCCAUGCUUGAGCCAGUGCUAACCACCUCCCAGUGAAAUGUACUUGCCUCUAAAGACCUGAAAUGAAGGGAGUAGGACCCAGCCUUUUACCUUCUUAAACAGCCCAGAGGAUAUUCCCAAUUGGCUCAUCCCCCACUCCUCUACUUGGGCGUUACUUUCACCAGAUCCCUCCAUUUUCCAACUCAACACAGAUUAGUUACGCCACUGAGUGACUAAGAGCAGGGCAGCUCUGAUAGGUGGCUCUGAGGAGGUGGGAUCCUCCCUUUGGUGUGACUCCAGACCUGUGAAAAGGCUUGUUUGUCUGUGGACCCCACCCAGAAACUUCUAGUGGCAUCUGUGCUGCUGUGGGUGGGAAAAGAGAGACCUGUUGGCUCCAAGCACGGCACCGGUGCCCUGGUUUAUUACAGUCAAAGGCAUUUACAACAUUGCUAUGUUGCCAAAUAGUUUGCUGGUUCUGAGUUUGGUUGUUCACGUGCAAGUGUAUGAAUAACAUUCUUGUUUGUGAUGAAGGGGACAUUUUUAUAUAAAGUACUUGUUUUAUAUAUAUUAAAGAAACUGAAGGAUGUAAUUAAAUGUGUGGUUUGAGGGGGAAAAAAGUCCUAAUAUAUUACAAAUGGAUCCGGUAAUGAGAUGGUCUUUAGUUGUCAUAUCUGAAAUAGUAAAUGAAAACUCUAGCUAAUUUAAUGAUUGUAAAGCAGUAAAUAUGUUCUUGUAGUUUUGUAUAAUUACUUAGUUCAGAUCUUUGCUGGCCCGCUUUCCUUGUGCAGAAGAUGGUACGCUAACCCCCUAACAGCUGAGAUCAUUUCUAUUCUUGCACACCUAUUAAAGACUUUAAUGAAAAAGCCUAA